AAUUCCCAAACCGCAAGCAAACAAUUUCCUCUUGUUUUUAAACGGUCUUUCAGUGCAUUAGCGGUUGGUGGCACCCGAAAACCGGCUUUCCAGGGUUAAUCUUUUUUCCUGGAUUCUGGUAGGGAAACUAACCUCAGCCAACAUUGUAUAAAUCAGUUGAAACAGUUGUUGAUUUAAGCCCAGAUUAUAUUUAUGGUGUAGCCAUAAUAUCCAUGUAACAAAUUGAAUGUUUAUGUACUUUGUUUAUAUUUCGGAUUCGAGUUUGAAAUAAGCAAAGUUGCACGUUUAGAACAUAUAUCAGUUGUAGGUGGUGAGGAUUUGCUGAUGGGGAUGGAAGACUCGACGCCUGACUUUGAAGAAGAGAAAGCAUUUGUUGAUAUAGAGGAGAAAGAUAAUCCAUGUGGUAAAGUGGAGUUGAAGUGUUCCAUUGGUGAUACCAGUCCCGGAAAGUUGAAGAAUUUGAUUACUGGAGUGAUCAGACUGGAUAAAUUGAAGAGUUUGAUUCUCCCUAUGUCUCCUGGAUUUGAUCAAUUCAAGUUACAGGUGCUUGGAAUCACAACCAUGAUGCUUUUGCUGUUGGUUUUUGCAUUGCAAUUGGCGACACUGGGGGAGACUAUUGGCCCAUCGGCUGUCAAGUUAGAAACCCCACCUUAUUUUCCACCCCAGAGGGUUUACAAGAACGAAGGUUUCUUGAUGGUUUCAUCCAAUGGCGGAUUGAAUCAAAUGAGAGCCGGUAUUUGUGAUAUGGUUGCUAUAGCUAGAUUUUUGAAUCUCACGCUUGUAGUUCCUGAAUUGGAUAACACUUCAUUUUGGCACGAUAGCAGCCAGUUCAAAGACAUAUGGGAUGUGGAUUACUUCAUCAGAUCUCUCAGUGAUGAAGUUCGGAUAAUUAAACAGCUGCCUCUUGGACUGAGGAAGAAAGUUGAAAAAAAUGGACUCUAUUCCAUGGUAGCAGCCACCUGGUCUGACAUGCCCUAUUACUACAACAAGAUUUUUCCUCGUUUCCAAAAAUAUGGAGUGGUUCAUUUCACUAAAACCGAUACUAGACUUGGAAAUAAUCUUCCUGUUGAGGUUCAAAAAAUGCGCUGUAGAGUUAACUAUAAGGCCCUAAGAUUCACUCCUGCAAUAGAAGAGUUGGGGAAGAAGAUUAUUAAGAUUUUAAGGGACAAAGGCCCUUUCUUAGUUCUUCAUCUCAGAUAUGAAAAGGACAUGUUAGCAUUUACUGGUUGCACUGAAGGUUGCAAUGAAAGGGAGGUUGAACAGCUUACAAAAAUGAGAUAUGCUAUCCCUUGGUGGAAGGAAAAGGAAAUAGACGCAAAGAGUAAAAGAGAAGCCGGUCUCUGCCCACUGACUCCAAAGGAGACAGCACUUGCAAUGAGAGCAUUUGAUAUUAAUCCUAACAUCCAAUUAUAUAUAGCUGCUGGGGAUAUAUAUGGAGGAGAGAGAAGACUGUCAAGUCUUAGGGCAUUCUAUCCAAAUUUGGUGAAGAAGGAAACAUUACUAUCACCCUCAGACCUGAAGCCAUUCCAGAACCAUUCAAAUCAAAUGGCAGCUUUGGAUUAUCUUGUUUCAUUGGAUAGUGACAUAUUCCUGCCGACCUAUGGAGGCAAUAUGGCAAAAGUUGUAGAAGGCCAUCGAAGAUUCCUGGGAUACAAGAUGACAAUUAAUCUAGACAAAGUGGUCCUGAUCCGUUUGAUAGACCAAUACAAAAAUGGAACAUUGAGCUGGAAUGAAUUUUCCCAGUCAGUGAAGGCAGCUCAUUCAAAUCGAAUGGGGAGCCCAUCUCAAAGAUUGCGGUUUCCAGGUAAACCCAAGCAAGAGGAUUACUUCUAUACAAACCCACAGGAAUGUUUGCCACCACUUGUAACAACAAACAACAGAAAGCCUGUUACAGACAAGGGCGAAUUAUCAUAGCCCACCAUUUUCAUUUGUUAAAGGAAGGGCUGACUGUAAACUUCCUGAAUUGAAAGAGUAAAUAAUUUGAGCUUCGGUGGGUGUAAUUGAAUUUGUGCACAAAGUUUUUUUGGA